UCAAGCGACCAACGGAAUAAACAUUUCACAUGGGAUUCCAAUCUCUUCAACAUACUUUUCUAUUCUCUAAUUCUCAAUAUCCAACCACUACAAUUCCAAUUUCCAAGUAUCGCCAGCCUCGAAUCACUUGAAAGAAAAGGCCUUUUCAAGAGGAUUGGCUUCGUUCCAAAUUUUGUUCGUUUUUAUUAACCAUCUAUUCUUUGAAGUUUCCAUUCGUCUGUUUAAUAUCGUCAAUCAUCAGUCAAGAUGCGGUAUGAUGAUUGGGAUGUACUUCUAUUCCCUAAGGAUUGCAAAAUCCCAUUGAAGGAAUUCAAGACCGAUUGCCAUGUUAUUCAUGAUAAUGAAUUCGCAUUCACACACGGCUCUUAUGGUUUGCCGACUAUGACCUGUUUCAUACCAGGAUUGGCACAGGGUACUCAGUUCAACAUCUCGCUCCACUCUUGGAAGACACCAGAAGUGAGCCAGUUCACCAAGAAUUUCAGCAAGCAUCUUGAUUUGGUUAAGUUCGAAGCACGAGUCAUAAUCGACGGUCGUUUGGUCGCUUCAUCUUCGUUUAGUCGUACCGGACCAUGGCCUCAACUGAUUAACCACAGCUUUGAAUUUACCAAAAACGGCGACCUCGAGACCCUCAGAUUCCCCCACUUUCGUCGUGAGAUGCUUCAGCAAAGUUAUUGGAGUCCCGCGGACGAAGUUGGGCGGAUUAAAAUCGUCAUUAGCGAAGGAUUCCCAAGGGACUCCUUAACUGCUCCUAUCGAACGGGUCAAAAAUAUUGUUGCCUUCUCGUUCCAACACGCUCCAAUUGACGUCCUUGAGGGGUCCGGGAUUGCUUGGCCGAACCCUAGGAUGUGGCGCCGCACCCCUUUCAACCCUACGAUGCCCGUCCCAUCACGCCACCACGAAGAUGGCGCCGAUGCUCACCUCCAUUCCCCUCGCCGUCGAUCGACAAGUUAUAUGAAAGGCAUUUCCGGUUCAUCCAUGUAUAACACCUGCCCCCCAGGAUUGACAAAUGCUAAUCCCAACCACCUACUCGGCUCCAUGCCUAACACUCAGGCUCUAUUGCAGCGUGGUGGCGCUGGGCCUAGUUCUACCUGGGCAGACCCUUUCAACACACAGAAAUCAGAGGGAACUGCUUUCGCUUGGACAAGCGGCGACUUCGGACCCGUGGGAUGCGGUGUAGUUAACAGUGGCAAGUCAAGUUACAACCCUGCCGCCAACCGGAGCGUUACUGGCACCAGUAAAAUAUCACAGUCCGACACCAGCAUGCCUGAUUAUGGGUUGGGCGAUUUGCACAAUGCCCAAAGUAUAUCGGAUCACCAAUUUCUAAACAUGCCAACUUCUCAUAUUGAGAAUGCUGAUAUGGCCACCCACGAUCCUAAAGCACCGACUAAUACGCCCACGACUAUGGUUGGAUCGAACUUCAUUGAUGACCUGAAUAUUGAUAUGGGCAGGAUUGAUACGCCUGCAAGUGCUUCAGUAAAUGAUUUCUUCAACCCGAGUCACGCUAAUUUCUCGUCCGAACUUGCCACCUCUCUCACUCACUCGCUGCUAAACCAACCACAUCCUCUUCCAGUCCACGCCGGAAACUUCGGUCUACCUGCCUCCGAAGUUAAGUCACGCAAAGAGAACCGUCUUCAUCGAGAUUCCCCAAUUGAAGACGUAUCGGGCAUCACUCACAUUGACAUGCGCAAGGUGUCACAGUCGUCACUCGGUAAUCUUGGCAAAGAAACCCGAGACACCAGCACCAAUAACUCUCCACCUAGCCAAAGUACGUUGUCAGGAAUGUUCUCCCGUCGAUCUACCUCAGGAGCAGAUUCUGGGAAUGACCUUCCUAGCGUCUCUAAUGUCUUUACACACUCGGGUGUGGAUGCGGUUUGCGACGCAAAGUCUGAUUCCCGUAUUAUAAGUGGGGCUGAUAAAGCUAACAAGCGCAUUCGUCAUUUUACGCCCAUCAGCGGCAACAUAAUCGACGAUGAUAUCGAAGCGUUGACCAACAGUCCCCGAAUCCAGAUCGAACCAAAUGAUCAGUUCGGGGUGUCUGUAUAA